UUCUUCAUCAAGCAGAUAAGCAAACAACAGAAAUCAAAGAAAUCGAAAAAUCACACUUUCCAAUUUCAUUCAAUUACUGAAGCUUUUUUUAAGCAACAAUGGCGACGAAAUCAGAAAAGGCUAUUGGAAUCGAUCUCGGCACUACAUACAGUUGUGUCGGAGUUUGGAUGAACGAUCGCGUGGAGAUUAUCCCUAACGAUCAGGGAAACCGUACGACACCGUCCUACGUCGCCUUCACUGACACUGAGCGGCUGAUCGGAGACGCGGCGAAGAAUCAAGUGGCUUUGAAUCCUCAGAACACUGUAUUCGAUGCGAAGCGUCUCAUCGGAAGGAAAUUCUCUGAUCCUUCUGUUCAGAGUGAUUUGCUUCACUGGCCGUUCAAGGUUGUUUCUGGUCCCGGAGAUAAACCGAUGAUAGUGGUGUCUUACAAGAACGAACAGAAGCAGUUCUCUCCUGAGGAGAUAUCUUCCAUGGUGUUGGUGAAGAUGAAGGAAGUAGCUGAGUCUUUCCUAGGUCACACUAUUAAAAACGCCGUUGUAACGGUUCCGGCUUAUUUCAACGAUUCGCAGAGACAGGCCACGAAGGACGCCGGAGCUAUUUCUGGGCUCAAUGUUUUACGGAUUAUCAAUGAGCCGACUGCUGCAGCUAUAGCUUACGGUUUGGACAAGAAGGGUACUAAGGCCGGUGAGAAGAACGUUUUGAUUUUCGAUCUCGGUGGUGGAACUUUUGAUGUUUCAUUGUUGACGAUUGAAGAAGGUGUCUUUGAAGUAAAAGCUACUGCCGGAGAUACUCAUCUUGGUGGUGAAGACUUUGACAACAGACUUGUGAACCAUUUCGUUGCGGAGUUUAAGAGGAAACACAAGAAGGAUAUUUCUGGGAAUGCGAGGGCUCUUAGGAGGUUGAGGACUGCUUGCGAGAGAGCAAAGAGAACUCUUUCGUCCACUGCUCAGACGACUAUUGAGAUUGAUUCUUUGCACGAGGGUAUUGACUUCUAUGCGACAAUCUCACGUGCGAGGUUUGAGGAGAUGAACAUGGAUUUGUUCAGGAAAUGUAUGGAUCCUGUGGAGAAAGUUCUUAAAGACGCCAAGAUCGACAAGAGCAGUGUGCACGAUGUGGUUCUGGUCGGAGGAUCGACGAGGAUUCCGAAAAUUCAACAGCUUUUGCAAGAUUUCUUUAACGGGAAGGAGCUAUGCAAGAGUAUAAACCCUGAUGAAGCUGUUGCCUAUGGAGCUGCGGUUCAGGCUGCGAUACUGACUGGUGAAGGAAGCGACAAGGUCCAAGAUCUUCUGCUUCUUGAUGUGGCGCCGCUAAGCCUUGGAAUUGAGACAGCCGGUGGGGUGAUGAGUGUGUUAAUCCCGAGGAAUACGACGGUUCCUUGUAAGAAGGAGCAAGUGUUCUCUACGUAUGCGGACAAUCAGCCAGGCGUUCUGAUCCAAGUCUAUGAAGGAGAACGUGCAAGGACCAAAGAUAACAACCUUCUCGGGACUUUCGAGCUCAAGGGCAUUCCUCCUGCACCACGUGGAGUUCCUCAAAUCAAUGUCUGCUUUGACAUGGAUGCGAAUGGGAUCCUAAAUGUGUCGGCGGAGGAUAAAACUGCUGGUGUAAAGAACCAGAUCACGAUCACGAACGACAAAGGAAGGUUGAGUAAAGAGGAGAUAGAGAAGAUGGUGCAAGAGGCUGAGAAGUACAAGGCUGAGGAUGAGCAAGUGAAGAAGAAGGUAGAGGCCAAGAACUCGUUGGAGAACUAUGCUUACAACAUGAGAAACACUUUCAAGGAUGAGAAACUCGCGCAGAAGCUAGAUCAAGAGGAUAAGCAGAAGAUUGAGAAGGCGAUUGAUGAGACAAUCGAAUGGAUUGAAGGAAACCAGCUGGCGGAAGUUGAUGAGUUUGAGUAUAAGUUGAAAGAGCUGGAAGGUAUUUGCAACCCAAUCAUCUCAAAGAUGUAUCAGGGUGGUGCCGGAGGUCCCACUGGAGGUAUGCCGACAGAUGGUGGUUUCAGUAGCUCAGGUGGUGCUGGAGGUCCCAAGAUCGAAGAGGUGGAUUAAACCGUGUGCAGAGUGUAAAGACAAAAGAGUGGCUUUGGACCAUUUGCGAGUCUUUCUUUGUAUUGUGUGAGGGUCAAAGAGUGUUGUUAUUCAUAGGUGUUGUUUUGCUAGUGAACAAAUGGCAGUAUUAUAGUUGUAUGCUUUACAUAUUUCAGUUAUUUCGAGUAAUAAAGAAAGUGAUUUACU